AUGCCAGAGACUACUCUAAAGAAGCCCAAUAUGAAGACAAAUGAUAAGUGUCUAGAUUUCGCGACCUGUCCAGCAUCCACGCUUACUUCAACAUCACGGCGUCAUGGAUUCCAUUCCCAUCUGCAGGAAGAGCGUCUCGAGUCAAAUCACAUGCUUAAGCGCAAGUUGUAG